AUGCGGAAGGAGUUGUGGAGACUCAACUCCCGGAAGUGCCAGCGCGCACCGGGCUGCGCGCUCCCGGGGUCCCUAGACCUGCCACCUGCCCAGCGGGCCAAAGGAAAGAAGUUGGGGAGGACGGGCAGCCCAAAGGAUGGCAACCCGAGGAGAACUGCGGUGCGGAGCUCCGGCCUACACGUCCGGACUCAGCUCCCGGGCAGCCCCCAGUCUCAGCGUGAGGACGGCGGCGACCCCCGCCCAGUCCUCCCACCAGUCCCCUCCUGGUACUCACGCCGACUUCCUGACCCGAGGCUCCGAGCUAUGCUGACGAGUGUGCUGGACGUCCGGCUCCGACGGAGCAGGGCUGGCGUGGACCAAGCGUUGUAUACGGCAGCCGCGGGGACCCGGACUCAAUCAGAGGAGAGCCAGGCAGUGACGCUGAUGCUGCAAGCACAAGUCUCCCGCAGGAUCCUCGGGUUGCCAAGGCAACGAGCGCACCCGUGGGGGUGGGAGCUCCCCGAGGCCCCGCCCCUCCGUCUGUUUGAACUGCGCGAGCGGGCGGGCGGGCGGGCGGGCGAAUACUUGAGAUUGCAACGUCACUUCCUGGCUCUCCUCAGAUUGAGUUGCCCGUCCGGCGCACACUUGGGCUUGCGGCUUCAGUGUCGCCACACGGUUCUCCUCAGAGUCCGGGUCUCCGCCAGCCCAGCUGGGUCGGAGCCCAACGUCCUCCGCCCACGUCAGCAUAGCACGGAGCCUGGGGUCAGGAAGUCGGCGAAGGCUAAGAUGCCCAGGAAACCUGUAAUAGAAAAGGGAUCUCAGACAAACCUUAAGGAUCCAGUGGAGAAUGCAGUGACAUAUGAUGAUGUAGUAGUGAAUUUUACUCAGGAAGAAUGGGCGUUGCUUGAUCCUUCCCAGAAGAGUCUCUACAAAGAUGUAAUGCUAGAGACCUAUAGGAACCUCUCUGUAAUAGGCUAUAAAUGGGAAGAUCACAAUAGUGAAACAUUUUGGAAAUUAUAUAAGACAUAACAGGCCUCUUCAAAGUGAUGAACCGAUUCAUAAUGGAGAGAAACCUUUUGAAUGUAUGCAGUAUGAAGGAGCCAUUGCAAGAAACAAUCACCUUCAGAUACAUAAAGGCACAGGUACUGGAUGCUUUGUGUAUUAUACUGGUCUUCGAAUACAUAGAAGAACACACACUGAAGAAAAGCUCUAUGAUUGUGACCAAUGUGGUAAGGUCUUUUAUUGCCAAAACUAUCUUCAAAGGCAUAAAAAAACACAUACUGGAGAGAAGCCCGUAUGGAUGUAUCUACUGUGGUAAAACCUUUGCAGCAUUCGCCAUGCUUCUUCAAAGGCAUAAAAGAAAACAUACUGGAGAGAAACCUUAUGAAUGUAACCAAUGUGGUAAAGCCUUUGCAUAUCAGAGCAAUGUUCAAAUACAUAAAAGGACACAUACUGGAGAGAAACCAUAUGAAUGUAACCAAUGUGCCAAAGCCUUUUCACGACUCAGUCAUCUUCAAAGGCAUGAAAGAACACAUACUGGAGAGAAACCCUAUGAAUGUAAUCAGUGUGGCAAACACUUUGCAACAACCACUCUUCUUCAGAAACAUAAAAGAAUACAUACUGGAGAGAAACCCUAUGAAUGUAACCAAUGUGGCAAAGCCUUUGCACAAGACAGUCAUCUUCAAAUACACAGAAGAACACAUACUGGAGAGAAACCCUAUGAGUGUAACCAAUGUAGCAAAGCCUUUGCACAAUACAGUCAGCUUCAAGUACAUAAGAUAAGACAUACUGGAGAGAAACCCUAUGAAUGUAACCAGUGUGGCAAAGCCUUUACACAAUACAGUACUCUUCAAAUACAUACAAGAACACAUACUGGAGAGAAACCCUACGAGUGUAACCAAUGUAGCAAAGCCUAUGCACGAUACUGUCAACUCCGAAUACAUAAGAUGACACAUACUGGAGAGAUGCCCUAUGAAUGUAACCAGUGUGGCAAAGCCUUUACACAAUACAGUACUCUUCAGAAACAUAGAAGAAGACAUACUGGAGAGAAACCCUAUGAGUGUAACCAGUGUGGUAAAGCCUUUGCUAGCUCUGGUUAUCUUCAAGUACAUAGAAGAAGACAUACUGGAGAGAAACCCUAUGAAUGUGACCAAUGUGGCAAAGCCUUUGUAAGCUCUGGUUGCCUUCAAAUACAUAGAAGAACACAUACUGGAAAGAAACCCUAUGAAUGUGCCCAAUGUGGUAAAGGCUUUGAUUGUAACAGCAACCUUCAAAAACAUAAGAGAACACAUACUGGAGAGAAACCCUAUGAAUGUAACCAGUGUGGCAAAGCCUUUGCAAGCUAUUAUUACCUUCAAGUACAUAGAAGAACACAUACUGGAGAGAAACCGUAUGAAUGUGACCAAUGUGGUAAAAGCUUUGCAUAUAUCAGCAAUUUUCAAAGACAUAAAAGAGCACAUACUGGAGAGAAACCCUAUGAAUGUGACCAAUGUGGUAAAUGUUUUGACUGUAACAGCAACUUUCAAAAACAUAAAAGAAUACAUAAUGGAGAGAAACCCUAUGAAUGUAACCAAUGUGACAAAGCCUUUACAAGCUAUUAUUAUCUUCAAGUACAUAGAAGAACACAUACUUGAGAGAAACCCUAUGAAUGUGACCAAUGUGGUAAAAGCUUUGCAUAUAUCAGCAAUCUUCAAAGAUAUAAAAGAAAACAUACUAGAGAGAAACCCUAUGAAUGUAACCAGUGUGGCAAAGCCUUUGUACAAGAUAGUCAUCUUCAAGUACAUAGAAGAACACAUACUGGAGAGAAACCAUAUUAAUGUCACCAAUGUGGUAAAGUUUUUGCAGGUCACAGACAUCUUCAAAGCAUAAAAGAACAAAUAUUGGAGAGAAACGCUGAUACUGUAAUAAAUGUGUUAGAACCUU